AUGUUGAAUGGACGUUCCUUUUCGAUCUCAGCACUUGGUGAUACUGGGGCAGACGGAUCAAUUUUUAUCAACUCAGCCCUAGUGGAGUUGCUUGGACAGCAUGGCCUUAGGACCCAGCGACUGGACAGAGAAUGCCCCGUAAAUGGGCUUGAUGGAAAGCCUUCUCGGCCCAUCACCCAUGCAGUGAUCCUUUCCAUGGGAAUCGAUGGACAUAUCCAACAGCAAAUUCCAAUGCUGGUGGCGGACCUUGGGAAGCACGAUAUGAUCAUUGGAAGGCUAUGGUUCUCAGAGCAUGACGUUUUGCUUGACUGUCGUCGUCGCCGAAUGAUUUGGCCCCACGAAGUGUCCCUGUUUGAAGAAGUGGCUAGUAAAAUAGCACUUCCGACACCCCUCACGAUCCUAAAGAAUCCCCGAAACCUCACUCACCAGAAGGAUGCGGAUCGUCGUGACAAAUUCCUGGAGCAGAGCAUUGAUCCCUACCUAGAUCGGAACGGAGGACGCUUCCCAUCCCCACGGCUUCAUCAGAAGGGACAAUGGCGGGCAAAGGAUAUUGAGAAAAUGCAACGAAACCUCGACGGAACAAAAUCUCCAGAAUUAUCCGGCACACUUGACAUAAUGCCAGCGGAUACCAGAGACUCGAAACGAGGUCUCUGUCAGAUUCAAAAACGGAAGUCUUUGCAACGUCUCUUAGUGAGAUCGAUAGCAUCCUUGAAGUGA